AUGUUCAAUAUUGAGAUGCCCAACUACGAUCCAUCUACCGAAGACUGGCUACACCUCUCGGAGCUGGCUCUGGUCAAAGGACGCUUCCUCUCAAAUAACAUGGUAGCCGGUCUCCAGACCUUACAUUUGAUGGCGCAUCUGCAUUUACAACUGGAUAAAGGCGGAACAGGUGACAAUUCCUGGCCUCUGUGGGGACUGGUCAUGCGAUUAGUCCAAGCGAUGGGUAUGCACCGGGACGGUGCCCGCUGGAACCUCUCUCAAGAUGUGAUCGAGGAAAGACGCAAGGUCUUCUGGGAGCUGAAUGCUGCCGAUACCUUUCAGGCUCAUUGCUUUUCGAGGCCGUGCGCGAUUAAUCCUGAGCAUUGCGACGUCGAAUUCCCUGCCGAGCCGCUCCAUGUAAGACAGGAGAAGAGCUAUUCGAGACUACGUUUCGAGCUAUCUCAGCAUUCUUCCGAAAUUCUCCAUAUGGCCAUGAAAGUACGGAAACCACCGUACUCUGCUGUCACCGAUCUAGAUAUUAGGCUGGCGGACUUUGAGCGCAACCUUCCCUUCUCCCUUCGUUGUCGAGCAGCGUUCCUGUCCAUGCCCUCUCGGUAUCCCCACGUCCAGGCGGCAAUCGAAGCAUCACCAGAACCAUCCCGGAGGUCAAUGACCAUAUCCUUCCAACAAAGUAAUCUUGCACUUAACAUAUCGGAGACGAUAAUCAAUCUACAUCGGCCUUAUUAUGCCAAGGCGCUCUACGACAUCAACGAACGUACAAAAUCCAUAUAUGCGCCCUCAUUUCUCACAGUGAUCGAGCGUUGCGGGAUCAUCAUUGCUAUUGUUGACGACAUUCAUACCCGCUUUCCCGCGGUUAGCACCAGACAAUGGAAUUUCUGGUAUCACGUGUUUGGUUGCGCUCUCUGCUUAGGGACGUUGGUGUUGCGCGAUCCCAAGAAUUCAAUGGCUACUUUUGCUCUUACGCAGGUUGAUGCCGCGAUCAAUCUAUUCACUUCUUUGGUUCAGCACGGCGCCAACACUCCGAGAUACUGCCGUAAUUUGCAGUGGCUUUCGAAACUGCGCGCUCGGGCAUCGUCCAAAAUUGCCACAGCGUCUACCGCCGCCCAACAGGCCGACUCGCAGCGAGACCAGGGCGAUCCGGACAGGCAGGAAAUUAGUCGAGAAGACAGUGAGGAUAGUGAGGAUGUCGAGCUGCUCGGUUGGCGGACCAGGUUGAUUGAACGGGCUGGUCAAGGUCGUCCGACUAUCCGCACUAUUCAGCUUGCUGAGACGCCGACCGAUUCUCAUGAGAGCUUUGAUGUCUCAAACGCAUCGCCGCAUGGGCAUAUUCACAGAGCCCCUCAACGUGAGCUGGGAAUUGGAGAUAAUAUCAUGAUCCCAGGCUCAUCCCUUCCUAUGGUGACCCCCGACUCGACAAACGAACUUUUACAAGACUUUUGGGAUCCAAUGCUGCUGCAGGAUAUAUUGGGAGGUUUCCAGUGGAGUAGGCAGUCAUGA